AUGGGACAACCUAAAAAGACUCAAAUCCUCGUCACGGAUUUGGACAGUGAGAAGUUUAACGAGGGCUGGCCCCGUUCAUUAGAAGAAACGCUUUUUCAAAAACAAUUCCCACAUAUAACACCAGAAUAUUACUCUCCGUUACCAUUUUUGCAUAGAAUAGUCAUUAUUUUGAGCUCUGAGGAUGAAGCUGUUCGGGUUUUCCAGUUUGUGCAGAAUUAUGUGAGAGAAGUUCUUGGGUUAACUGAUUGUAAGGUUUAUUUGACCGAAUCAUUAAUUAGUAAACCAAGAUCUAAAUCUGUUGACGAUAAAGACGUUAAUUCUACUGCCGCUGCCGCUGCUGCUGCUUCUGCUGCAGUGAAAACUCAAUCUCAAUCUCAAUCUCAAUCUCAGACGACCAGCGAUUCGACGGAAUCUUCGAAUCAUUCAGGUAAGAAACCUGUGUUGAAAGUUAAUACCUCAUACUCGUCCUCGUCUGUUACUCAAUCUGAAGAUAAAAAUAAUACCAUAUCUAGUCCAUCGUCAUUAUCCCCAGAACAACCACUAUCACCUACAAAAGUUAAGUUGAGAGAUGAUCAAGAAGAAUACUUCUACAUGGAGCCUGCACCUCAGCCUGCGCAUGAGCCCACUAUCGCCUCUGCCAAUUCUAACAUUAAGAUAGAUACUCCAGUUCAGACUGAAGAUCUUCGGAAUAAAUCUUUGCAGGCAGGCACUGCAGCCGACUCUGACUCCGCAAUUCAUCCUCGUUCUCCUAGUAUAACAAUCACUAGUAUGUUUUGA